CCUAACUUCCUUCGUCUUCUUGUUGUUUCUCGAGUAAGCAAAGCGGAUGGAGAUAUAGACAUCAGCACCUCACCUAUAAACUACACGCAGCAGCAAGCAAGCAAAACCCUCUUUCCUACUUCAACUGCACCAAAUCUUCCCACCAAAGGGAAAUAUAUUGUAAGGUGCGUGAAGUUGGACAACCAAACCCACCAGCUUUCUCUGCCACGGCUCUACAAUGAAUGAUCACGUCAAGCAACCGCAGCCAUGGGAAUUCCUCAUCCAAAUGACCCAUGAGUCUUCUCACCGGAAUCCCUCCGGUAGUAAACGCUGCCGCCGACGGAUUCCGCGACCCCGCAAACACCAAUUUCCAUGUUUAGGGUUGUGAUAACCGUGAUGGAUAGGUCGGCAGAAUUGACAAAAAAUAAAUAAAUAAAUCACGAGGCCACGGAGAUUCUCUGCGACUUGUAUGAGUGGGUGGUAAUUACAAAACUCUGGUCUUUGUAUAAAGUGGUUACAAAGUUUCAUUUUUAC